GGCUUGGCCCUCUACCACCACAUGUCCCACAAGUCCCAAUUUGGCCAACAGAGCAACCAGGCAGAAGUCCUUACAGAAGAUCCCGAAAGUGAGGCCCAAGAUGAGACUUCAGACCCUUUGCCCAAUACCUCCAGGCUAAGUGCCCAGGACCCUUCACCCAUUACCCCCUCUAGCCCGGUCAGCAUCCAAGAACCUCAACCCAUUCUCCACUCUCCCCGGGUCAGCAUGCAAGAACCAACACCCAUUCUCCACUCUCGCCGGGUCAGCAUCCAGGAACCACCAUCCAUUCCCCACUCUCGCCGGGUCAGCAUCCAAGAACCACCACCCAUUCUCCACACUCGCCGGGUCAGCAUCCAAGAACAUCCACCCAUUGUCCACACUCGCCGGGUCAGCAUCCAGGAACACCCACCCAUUGUCCACACCCGCCGGGUCAGCAUCCAGGAACAUCCACCCGUUAUCCAAGAGACACUGCCCGUCGUCCACACUCGCCGGGUCAGCAUCCAGGAACCUCCACCCAUUCUCCACAUGCGCCGGGUCAGCAUCCAAGAACCUUCAUCCAUCUUGCGCACUCGCCGGGCCAGCAUCCAAGAACCUUCAUCCAUCUUGCGCACUCGCCGGGCCAGCGUCCAGGAGCCAUCGCCCAUUGACAACAGUCUCUGGGGCAGUAUCAGAGAGGCACCAUCCCUUGGUAACAUUAGCCAAAAGAGUAUCCAAGAGACACCAUCCACUGUUAACAUUGGCCAAACGAGUAUCCAAGAGACACCAUCCGUUAGCAGCGUUCACCAAGCCAGCCCCCAAGACACACCGCCAGUUACCCCUCUCAACACCCUGACCGUUCAGCCAAGUGUCCAAACAAGUUCCCAAAUUCCCAGGUUCAGUAUCCCCAGGCCUUCGCUGAUGCCCCACACCCCCCACACCAGUCAAACCAGUUUGGGAGACAACUUGACAAGCACCCAGAGUCAAAGUUUAAGGGUUCCAGGCAUCAAGUUCCCAAACCGGGCCAGUGUGGACGUCCCCCCUUCAAUUACCGACAGCCCUGAGGCCAGCGUGGAAAGCAUGGAAUCAAUUCUCUGGGUCUCCCAGGAGGUGUUCAAAGAAUCUUUGUACAACCUCCAAGUCAGCAAAAAUUCUCCAGAUAGCGACAUCCCGCUACACAGCUCCACGGACACCAGCUCUGGCAGGUAUUCGGUCAGGGCUAAACGCAGACAUUCACAGCUGCCCCUGGGCACCCGGCUGCUGCACCAGGCCAAGAAGCUCAGCCGCCAGCUGAGCCUGGUGCUGAGCCUGGUGGGCGCGGUGAUCAUCGGUCUCAUCACUCUGGGCCAGCCCUGGGUCCACUUCCAGGUGCCACUGACACUCCCUGGGGGUCCUGCUGACCCCCCGCCCCAAACCAUCCCCAUCAACACCAUCUUCAUUGUGCGGUGUUCUGACGUCUCCUGCCUGCAUGAGCAAGACCACAAUGCUUGUAAGGCCUGCCCUAGACUCCCCAUUCCCGGGGCGCGUUUCUCCUCUGUCCUAAGGACCCCUUUCCGCCUUCCCUGGGAUGACCCCACUGCCCCGGGUGUGUCCUCUCUGCUCUGCAACGGUCCUCACUACCUCCGGACCAGCCUCCCUUCCCCAGGAUGGGGCUCCCUGCUGCAAGACCACCCUCGCUGCCUUGUGUUCAUCCUCACCUACAUGACCCUGAUCCUGCUGUUCCUGAUUCUCUUCCUUCCCUAGACUUGCUGGACUCUG